GCAUCCCAGCUGGGUGCAGGAUGCAGGGAUCCCAGCUGGGUAUGGGGCUGCAGGAGGACUGACGUGAGCAGGGUGGAUGCAGAGGUGACUCCUCCAUCCCUGCCUGGCCCUGUGGCUGUGGGGCUGGGGCUGUACCAGACUCACUGCAGCUUCCUUUGGGUUUGGGUGUGGUGAGAAGCCAAAGGAAGCACAUCCGCACGCAGCUGUGGGACACAGCACUCGUCCUUCCUCCUGGGGUGCAGCUGAGGCUGGGAUGCUGAGCAAUCCGAGGCCACAGGUCCUGGAAAGCAUGAGUGAAGGAGACGCAGUCAGGGCCUGGAGGAUCUGCGGCUGGGCAGUGGUGGGAGCAGAGGCUGUAAUGGGCUCUGCACCGUGGCUGGGCUCGUGUCAGGAGCUACAGAGCUUUCUCCAAAGCGUGCAGAAGGAUGAGGGAGUGGGGCUGCGUGUACUCAGAGGCUCCUCUGGCAUCAGAGCUGCUCCUUUCCGUGGCUUUUGCUGGCUGUAGGGACACGGGGCAUUUAGAGCAGGCUUCCCAAAGCCAGAGUGCUGUUGAAGGAAGGGCGACAGGGGCCGAUGUUGGGCCAGAAGCAUUGCCGGUGUGUGAGGAUACAUGAGGAAGCUGCGUGUCCGUCACUGGUCCUCUGUCACUGGGUACCAACACAGGAGCAGCAUCGCUGCGUAGGCUUGCUUGGAUUUUGGGACAAGUGGGCACCAGCUCCCGGCCGCAGCCCCGCACAGCAGCACUCCAUCCCACCCACGUCCUGCCGGUGCUCUGCCAUCCAGACAAAGCCCCGUCUGCAGCAGAGCCCACCUACCUGCUGCUUAGCGGCGUCAUGUGGUUGAGGCACUUAAUUAACGAGGAGCCGAUAUAAGUUCCCGGCGAGAUGUGGGGAGGGAGGACAUCGAGGCAGAGCGACUCCGAGCGAACCCUGCAGAGCGGUGCCUGCAGCCCCACACCGCCUGGAGGACCAUGCUGAACGCGCUGCUGCUGUGCUACGGGCUGCUGCAGGGGAUCCAGGCCAUCCUCAGCUCGGAGCUCAGCCACAGCCCCCUGCAGAAGAUGAGCUCCGGGCUGGAGGAGGCAGACAGAGCCCGCUACCCCAGCCUGCUGCACAAGGCCAAGGAGCUGCCAGUGGAGCUUGCUGGAGCUAUUCCCAGGCCGGACUCGGAUCAGAUGGAGGUGCAUGAAGGUGAUGGUAACCUCCUGCAGAAAAGCAGCGUGCUGGAACCACAGGCAUUGUCUACGGCCCUGCAAGCUGCAGGCAGGGAGGAGCGGAGCUCCCCUCGCCGUUGCGUCCGUCUCCUGGAGUCCUGCCUGGGCCACCAGAUCCCCUGCUGUGACCCCUGUGCCACCUGCUACUGCCGGUUUUUCAACGCCUUCUGCUACUGCAGGAAGAUCAGCACCACCUUCCCGUGCGGCAAGAACUAAUGCCUGUGCCACAGGGCUGCCCACUCGUCCCCACCAGCCUCCCCCUC